GUCUCACUCUCUCCCUCACGCUACCUCUGUUUGGUCAGACAUGCGGCGGUCAGGCUGCACCAGCACCACCUUCGCAUCUCGCUUCACCAACUUUGUAACUUCUGCAUCUCAGCUGCUUUACCCACAGAGCUUAUUUCUCUUUCACAAGGAGCUGAGGCAACCCUACUAAGGAUUGAUAUAUUGCUUCUGUUCUUUCAACGCUUCACGGACCUCGCGUCCCCACUCCAGCAAGCUCGACCUCCAACCUCCAACCUCGCCCAAUCAUCAUUCCCCCCCUCCUCACCUGAGCCCGCCACUUCACCAAAUCGUCCUCAAAGCCCGUAAAGCCUGUAUCUCUUGUCGCGCUGCAGCUGGCUCAGCCAACAGCCAAAUGCCUUGUUUCAAAGGAAUAGCAGUGUCCGUCCACGCUGAAGGGGCGCCACUUCCAGAGUACUCGGUUCAGAAGCAGUCGCGCGUGUCCCGCGUCAACACCUACAUCCCGGUCCCGCAAGCUCAUGUCCCCAAGGAUUCCCUCUCCAAUAAGCCGGAACCUUCCCGGUUUGCUAUCUCGAUCACUCUCCUCACUUCCGGCAUAGCUGUUCCUUACUCGACUCCAAAGGCCACUGCCGACAAACCUUACCCGCGUGCCCAGAUUGUCUCCGACCCCUCCAAUAAAUCUGCCGACAAAGGACCACAUGGCGUGAUUGGACCCUAUAUACCGAUUACAAACUCUGAAAACGAAACUAUAGCUGCAUAUAUUUAUUUCGAUGGGCGCCCAAAGGAGGAGGUGGCUACAUUGUUGCGCCCUGGAGAGGAGACAUGGGUAAACUCGAGAUGGGUGCAAGUCCCAGACUCCGAAGGCGGGGGCCUUGCUGAGCGAGAGUUUCUAUUCCGCGAGGUGGGCCUAGAGCGCUGGCUUAAUGGACUGGAUCUCGAUGGUGGCAAGGAUGCUGCCGCGAAGCUCGAACGACGCCGGCAGAAGUUUGAGAAGAGGCGCAGUCGUCGGCGGACUGGGAACGGCGACAUUGACAUGUCGCCAACAAAGAAGAUGGGAGAUGAUGUGUUACGCUACGGAGACAGUGAGGGAGCACCAGUUGAGAAGCUAUCUGAUGAUGAUGCUAUCUCUGACUGGAGCUCUGAUGAUGAUGCGCCCCCCGAAGCGGCUGGUCAGAUCAAAGUUGCUAUGUUCAGAGUGCUAGCAUCAGGAGAAAUCAAGAGGGGUGAAUACUCUCCACAAUUCGACGCGCAUGACGACGAUGAAGGCUCUGAGGGCGGCAACAAAGAUGCAAAUGGAGGAUCGUCCGAAGCCGAUAUCGAUCACACGACAAGCUUUGCUAAGCCCAAAACUCUGGAUCCGAAAUCUAUCAGCACACAAACAGUCACUGGCAUUGAUGGACCCGACAAGCCAUAUGCUGUCUUCACAUUUUUCUACAGGGGCGAACGCCAACUGCAGAAGAUGGGCAUCCUCGACUCUUCGAAGCAAGCGAAGACAACUCCAGCAGCCGCCAAGCGUGGAUCUACACAAAUGGACUUCUCAAAUCUCGGCCCCUUGAAACCAGGCGGCACGGUUGGCUUUUCCGCCUUCAGAGACAAUGAGGACUCAGCGCGGAAGGCUAAAGCUAGAAAAGCAAGCAACGGCAGCAUACUUGAAGACAGCGACGAUGACGAUGAUGAUAUAGACAUUGUUGGUAAAAUGGAGGAGGCCGAUGAUAAAGAUGUCAAGGCCAUGCUCAGCCCCGAGGACGCAAAGUACUCUGGAGAAUUAGCUGAAGGCGUCGGCAGAAUUAAGCUGAAACGCCAACACUCCGCCGACCCUCUAGGCGGUGCUCGCCAGUCCCCUGUAUCCGCCGGCACACCCUCCGGAACAGUGACUCCCCCAGCCACCACCGAAGCGCCCACCGCAACCCCCGCCAUGGACAUCACUAACAACAUGUUCGGCAAGACCGCUCUCCCCGACGACUCCGUCAUCGGCAGCCCCCUCAAGAAGCAGCGCGCUACAACCUUCAGCGCCACGCCCGAGGAGGCCAAGACCCUCCUGAACUCCGCGGGCAUCCCGCUCCCAUCCGGAAACAUCCUCAGUCUUGCCGAGGCAGCCCAUUCAAACACUGUCCCUCCGCCACAAGUGCCUACAGUUAAUUUCCCCAAGGCCGAGAUGGAGGAGGAGGAGCUGUAGAUGGGCCGCUUUGAGGAUAAAUGCAUAUAUCCCCUAUCUCCUUAUUGCAUCGACACUGGCGUUGUUGGGUAUCUAUCUAUAUGGGAGUGUGGUUUGGCCUGAAUGGUUUUCAUGAGAGGGC